GGUUACUUUAGUGAUCCUUGGAAUGUUUUUGACUUCCUCAUCGUAAUUGGCAGCAUUAUAGACGUCAUUCUCAGUGAAACUAAUAACGCAGAGGAAAACUCUCGCAUCUCAAUCACCUUCUUCCGACUCUUCCGCGUGAUGCGUCUUGUGAAGCUCCUGAGCCGAGGGGAGGGCAUCCGGACACUGCUUUGGACCUUCAUCAAGUCCUUCCAGGCUCUCCCCUACGUGGCUCUUUUAAUAGUGAUGUUGUUCUUCAUCUACGCCGUGAUCGGGAUGCAGGUGUUUGGUAAAAUUGCGCUGAACGAUACCACCGAAAUCAACCGCAACAACAACUUCCAGACCUUCCCCCAGGCAGUGCUGCUGCUUUUCAGGUGUGCCACCGGUGAGGCCUGGCAGGAAAUCAUGCUGGCGUGUCUCCCAGACAAGAAGUGUGACCCAGAGUCGGAGCCGGCCAACUCCACCGAAGCCGAUCACUCCUGUGGCAGCAGCUUUGCCGUCUUCUAUUUCAUCAGCUUCUACAUGCUCUGUGCCUUCCUGAUCAUCAAUCUUUUUGUAGCUGUUAUAAUGGAUAACUUUGAUUACCUGACACGGGACUGGUCCAUUUUAGGACCACACCACCUGGAUGAGUUUAAAAGGAUCUGGGCAGAGUAUGACCCUGAAGCCAAGGGACGGAUCAAACACUUGGACGUGGUGACACUGCUGCGGCGGAUCCAGCCCCCCCUGGGCUUCGGGAAGCUCUGCCCUCACCGGGUGGCUUGCAAA